CACACAUCGCAGCGUGCAGGAUGGAGAGCAGGGCCGUAUACCUGCCUCUUUGGUCUCAGAUAUUCUUUACUUUCUUCAUGCGUGUCUCUUCCUCCACCUCUCCACACGCAGGGACAGGAGAGGAGAGCCAGACCUCAUACACCAUCAACAGUGUGCACCUCACCUUGCUUCCUUCGGCUGAUGUGGCGAGCGGUACCCAUGUGACCUUGCGCUGUGAGGUCAGCGUUAGCCACGGCUCCUCUGUCCCUCUGACGCAUCACUUCCUGUUACUGCGUGACGACGUAGAGGUCUACUCCAAGAACUCCAGCAACGCCACCGUGUCCUACUUCCUGUUACCGGCCCGGGCCGCCCACUCAGGCACCUACGAGUGCAGGGUCAAAGUUCACGACAAGAGCAGGGCCAGCCAUGGCCGCAAACUCACCGUCACAGGCCUGCAGGCUCCACAGCUGCAGCUGAGUGUUCUCCAGCAGUUCCAGGGGGAGGAGGUCACGGCCACCUGCAGCGCCCCCCUGGAGGAGGGCUCGCUCACCUUCCACUUCUACCUGGACCAGGAGCAUCUCAAGACUGUGCGUUCCAAGAACACGUCAGCGGAGACCCGUGUACUGCUGGACCACCCUGGGGACAGGAAGCUGUACUGCGCCUUCACCGUCACCACGGUGCCACAGGCCGGACUGUCCAAUCACAGCAACACCGUUGGGGUCUUGGUGAAAGGCCUUUUCAUCACCCCCGUCAUGAACGUCCUGCCCUCCAAGAACCUGGUGGAGGGGGACUUGGUGGAGUUCGUAUGUAAGGUGGUGGAGCCUCCGUCCAACACUGAGGUCUUCCUUACCAAGGAGCGCAAGGUCCUGAAGAAGGGUCUGACCAGCCUGGUGCACCGCUUCCAGGUGUGGGUCGAGGACUCGGGAGAGUACGACUGCAAGGCAGAGACGAGGAACGUGCAGAAGGGGACCUCAGAGAGCAUCCUCGUCACGGAGCUUUUCUCCAGGCCAGUCCUCACGAUGGAUCCCAGAGAGGUGUUCGAGGGCGAGCACUUCACCCUCACCUGCUCUGUCUCCCGUCUGGCCUCCGAGAGGCUCCGCCCCCAGGACGUCCACUUCUCCUUCUUCAAGGAUCAGCGCCCCCUGGAGGUCCAUGGAGGCAGCUACAGCUCCGUUGCCCAGCCGUCCAGCAGCGCUGACUACUCCUGCAGGGCCCAGGGGCUGAGCCAGGGGAGCCUCGUCGCCAAGAACAGCACCCACCUCCACUUGGAGGUCAAAGUACCUGUGUCUGUGCCCCUGCUGUCUGUGGUGGGGGGCAGUCUGGUUCUGGGUAGGCCCUUCCAGCUGCUCUGCCAGUCCUCCCAGGGCAGCCUCCCCAUCAGCUACGUCCUGCGUGGGCCCCUGGGGGGGGCAGAGGUCAAGGUGGUGUCGAGGAGCGAGGAGCGCGCCCUCUUCAACGUCUCGUCCAUACAGAAAGCCUCUGACAUCAGCAGCUUUGUCUGUCUGGCCAGCAACAACAACCCUGGGGCCGCCCCCAGGGAGGGCGCGGCCGGCUGGCUCCAACACGCCAGCAUCAUCGAGCCCGUGUCCCGGCCGGUCCUGAGGGUGUCCCCUGCCCCCGGCCAGGCAGCGGAGGGGGACCACCUGACCCUCACCUGCUCUGUGCAGCGAGGAACGCCCCCCAUCACCUUCACCUGGUUCCACACCACCUCCGCCAAGCCCCUCGCCUUCAGGACAACCAAUGAGCUGUCAGGAUCCCACGUCAUCACAGACCUCGGGCAGAAGCACGCCGGCGGGUAUUACUGCGUCAGCGCCAACCCCUCCAACCACAGCCAGCAGAGCGUCGUGGUUACCAUGGGAGUGAGCGUGGCGGGCUGGAAGAAGGGGACGAUCGCAGUGGUCUGUGUCCUCCUCACCCUCACCCUCAUCCUCAUCCUGCUAGCCAAGAAACGGCUUCUUCCCUUCCAGAGGAGGAAGAGGUCAGCUGAACUGUCAGUGAAACCGGCUGGUACCAAAACAGAUGGGGAGGGGGCAGAGGUCACCUUGGGCUUACUCAACGAAGCCGCCAAUGUCACUCCAGGGGUCAUGGGGAGGAGUGUGUGGAGUGAGCAUGUCUCAGGAUCAGAGUCAGAUGAGCUGAGCCACGAGGAGCAUCCAGAGGCAGCACAGACUCAGUACACUGAGGUCCUGCCCCCACCUGCCAACCCUGACCGAGCUCCUGUGAAGCCAGGAACAGACACAGUGUACAGCGAGGUGCAGGGCUCUGUGCAAGGUGUCUCAGAACAGGCUGACGGAGCUUCUCAGCAGGGUUCAGUGGAGUACGCCGAACUGAACCACAAUGACAACCGUGACCAUGACGACUACGUAGAACACUGCAGCGUCAACAUUCACAGUGACCGUGGCGACCACAAUGGUCCAGAAGACCACGGGAACCACUUCAAUAACGGUAGCCAUGGCAACCUCAACGGCAACUGUGACCAUGCCGACCACAACAAUUGCGCUGAUAAUGGUGACUAUGACGACCAUGGUGAUUGUAAUGAAUAGAACGCCAGGUGAACACCUCUGGUGAUGACACAGAUUCUAGACUUGUCGGUUGUACUGCAAACUCUCUCAGAACACACCAGGAAUAUUUAUUCUCUAACUUAUUCAGCUACUCGACCAGCCUGAGCUGUUACUGCACACACUACUUUAUCAGUAAUGCUGCAUUUUUAAACAGUAAACACAUUUUGUAUAUUUUUUUACACCUUUUUCUAAAUGGCCGUGCAGACUGUCACCUGGUAGUGUUCUGUUGUGAUCUCCUAAUAAAGAGAGCAUGCUCUGUG